AUGACCGGAGUCCCCGCUCGGGUCGAGGAGCUGAGCUCCGCCCAGACCUCUGGCUCAGCUUCCUUCGUCGCACGGCUCGUGUCCGACACAUCCUGGAUUGAUACGGGUCAGCUGGACAUGGGUUCGGUGGCGAAAUCCACCGAGCCUUUUCACAAGAAGGUCGACUGGAAGUCGCCUGAGGUGUUGCGACUUUUUCACAAGUUCCUGAAGGUAGUGGAGGAGUUCGAUGAGACCAACAAGGACAACCCAAAGUACGACCUCUACGGGGCUGCGGUACUUGUUGCGGAGAAGUCGGGAUAUGCUACUAUUGUGUACACGGAGGGUGGCGGAAGUAUCUCGCUCCAGAACAGCCUUAAAGAUAGAAACUCGUCUGGGAUAGCGGACAUUUGGUGGCGCAAGCUAUUUCGUACUGAGAACGACGACGAGAUCAAGGGAGCGAAUCCUGGGAUGACCGACAUCGACUCUGGUUACGCGGGUAGUAAUCGUAAAAUUCGACGAAAACUCGAUCACAACGCGGAAAUCAAGAAGGUGUUCAAGGACAUGCCGACAAAGAAGACAGCUUCCCUUACGAAGUUGAUGAAGUAUCUCGACUACACUGUGCCCAUGAUGGAGAGAAUCUUUUCGUUCUUCAUGGCAAAAACCUUUCGCGACAUGCGCUUCCGACGGCAAAUGUUGGCUAAGAAGAACCUGCGAGCUAUUUGUCUGGAACUGGCAGGAGAGCCUGGCACGCGUACUUUGAUCGCGUUCGGCAACUGGGGGUUGACAACAGCGCGGCAUCAUUACGAAGAAGACUCCGGCAUGAUGCACCACGGCUGCCCCUCGCUCGCUCCAAUGGAGAACCAACAGGUUAAGCACCAAUCGACCAUCGAGCGCGACGUGAAUGCCUCCAAGAACAUGGUGGAGGUGGCGCUGGCACAAAUGCGCGACGGCGAUGCCGACGCCGACCGAGGGGAGCUCACUUCGCAAUUCGCCUUUUUCUUCGCAGAUGUCCCUCCAAGGCCGCGUUACUCGCCCUCGAGAAGCAGCGUCCUAAAAUCCCGCAUUAAGCGAGACUUGGCUCUGGAUCGCCACGCAAUCUACGAUCGCUCGCGUGAGCCAGACAGCAACGGUGAGAUCCUCUCCAUCUCGGAACGCCAGAUGCACAUCCUGGAGCGCGCGACCGCCAACAUGAACGUGAUGACCCCAGCGCUGGUGGCCAGCAUGGAGCUGCACUGUCGCGACUUCGCCACCAAGGCGGCGAACAACGAGGACAUGGUGUACGGCAUGUAA